GUCAGCUUCCCAUAUGACGGCUUUGCUUCAAUGAUAAUAUUGAGUCGGUUAUCUAUAGUUUUAUAUAUCUGUGGAAUCAACCAUAAAAACAACUGAUGAAAAAACGAUAUCAUGCAAUGAUGAUUAACUUUUUCUGUAUUACCUUACAAAAAGUCUAAAACAGCCAAAUAGGGCAACAGUCAUUAGAACUAAAAUAUAUCCAAAAUCGACUACGAAUGUAUAUCAGCUUUAAAAUAUGUACAGUUAAGAUUAUCUUAAUUCGCAAUUUUAAUUAACUUGUAGUCCACCUCAACAUUUUAGUUUACAUCAACAGUUCAUCUCCUUAAUUGAUUGUAAUUGAACAGUAUUUUUAUAAUUAUUACUUAUUUAUUAUUGAAAUGUCUACAAAAUAUCAGGUAAAAUGUCUUCUGCUACAAUUGGUGUAGGUGCUAUUAUUUUAAUUGGACUUUGGUCUUCAUCUUUUAUUUUGUGUCUCCUUUCUUUUCGAACACGUCAUAGUAUUGGACCAAUUGUUUUUGUAUCUACAAUAUUUAUAUCAAUUAUACUACUUUCAAUACCUCGUAGCUCAACAGAUAGUCCUAAACUUGAGAAUAAGAUUGUUGAUCCGCUAUUCAUUUGGCGUUUAGCAACUUUAAGUGUACUUUCCAUAAGUGCAGCUAUAGGAUUAGCUGCCCUUUUCUCUUCACAUGUUAUGAGUUGUAAAACUGUUCCUCAACUUAAAGCUUGGAUACUUUAAAUACACAUACAAUGUCAUUCAAUCGAUUUCGGUGUUUGGAAAAAAUCCAUCGGUCCUCAAAACGUUCAAUGUCAGUUGGUCGUGUCUAUUGUAAAUCAUUUACCGUGUGUGGAAGUGAAGACUUCAUACAAAAUGUCUUAAAAAGUGAAAUUCCUGUUAUUGUCAAUUUCCAUGCAGAAUGGUGUGAACCUUGUAUGACAUUGACACCAAUGCUAAAGAAAAUGGUUGGAGAUUCUCCAACUGUUCAUUUAGCAAUUGUGGAUGUGGAAAAGAAUGCAGAUUUGGUUCAUACAUUUGAGGUAAAAGCAGUUCCAGCUGUUUUAGCCAUACGCAAUGGUCAUGUCAUUGACAAAUUUAUUGGACUCAUUGACAAUGACAUGAUCAAUGAUAUGGUGAAUAAAAUAUCAAAACCUGAAGAAUUAUAGAUAUUUUUUUAUUAUUUAUAACUAUAGAUAUUUUUAGAUAA